GGCAGUUCGAUGCAUGUAUAGCCAUGCAGUGCAGAGCAUGAGUAGCGUAUCCGUGAGCUAAAAUUUUGAUGGGUGCUUUUAAAAUUUCCGUACGGCAGAUAACAGUGCGCACCUUCGUUUGAAUAAUAAGUCGCAGUGCGCGCCAAAACAGUCCGCGAUGGUGUGUCAACCGAGGAUAUGAUUCAGGAGAGCGGGAGCGUUCUCUCCGUUUUACGGCGAUUUAUUGAUUUAUUUGGAAUCGAACCACCUGCAGCAUUUGGGUUACGGCAGAACAUGUAAUGUUGUGACUUGAGACAUCGCCGAAAACUAGCUCUUAUUUUCCACUAGAAUAUUCCAUCAGUUUCCCAUACAAUCUGCGAUUAACGUACAAAAGUGCAGCAUAAUAAUUAGAAGCGUAAUCCAGUAUGGCUGACGCUGACCUUCGAGAUUCUGAUGACUGUCUGGAUCAUCUCCGGAAAGUCCGAUUGGCUAAUGAGCCAUGCGACGUGGACAUCGUUGUGGGAGAGGAAAGGUUUAUGGCGCACAGAGCGAUCCUGUCCGCAGUCAGCCCUUAUUUUCGCACCAUGUUCUCACCAAAGUAUGUCGAGCACUAUCAACGACAAAUACAGCUUGCCCAAGCCGAUGCAACUGCCGUCGGUCUCCUUCUGGACUUUGCCUAUACGGGAAAACUUGAAAUCUGUGAGGAUAACGUGGAGACACUACUGAUAACCGCUGACCGGCUGGAGUUUUGCAUCGUCCGCAAAGAGUGCUGUGAAUUCUUAGCAGAGCAGCUGGACGCUGGCAACUGCUUAGGGAUCGCCCGGUUUGCUCAUUCUUUGGGUUGCACCGAUUUGGAGAAAAAAGCAAAACAAUUUGCCAACAAGCAUUUUUUGGAUGUUGUACGGGAGGAUGAAUUUUACCACCUUUCGGAGUGUGAACUAUGUGAAAUAAUUUCAAGUCAAUAUCUAACAGUCAACCGAGAGGAUGAUGUAUUACAAGCGGCGCUGCGCUGGAUCCAUAGUAAUUGGAAAAUGCAAAAUUUCUCGGUGGACCGAAUUUUAGCCGAAAUCAAAAUGAGUUUCCUGGAUUACAAGGCCAUUUUGAGCAUCUUCAAGGAAUUUCAAGAUGAUGCCGAUUUUCUUUCUCUUGUGGCAAAGCCAAUCGAAGAUGUCAUCCUGUUUGUGCGGAAUACGAUUGGAUGCGGGCCUUUGCAGCGGGAACGAAAUUCGAUCCGGCAGUUUGCAUAUGUUGUUGGCGGAUCGGCCGGAAGCGCUGAAUGUGAUACAGUGGAGCGUUACGAUCCGCUGAGAGAUGAAUGGAUUAGCAUGAAAAGUCUGGAAGGGCGACGAGGAUGGAGUCCAAGAGGAGCGGCUGUUGAUAAUAAGAUGCAUAUAUUUUGCACCGACGAUAAGGAUGGUCGUCCAGCGACGCAAGAAAUUUACACCUCAUUUCGCAACUUCUGGAAAGCCUCGCCUAUGAUUCUAACCGGUCUUUCCGAAAAUCCAGUUGCGGACGAUUCCGCUGUCGUUGCUCUCCAAGGGUCAAUAUUUGUGAUAGGUGGAUCUGGGCCAAUGGCAAUGCCCAUAAACAGCGUUCGGAUGUUUAAUCCAGAAUCGGGAACAUGGUCGUACAAAGCCAGUUUAAAACGAGCCCGAAUCUCCCCGGCUGCUGUAGUUACGCGUAGUGGUCAGCUUUACGUCGCAGGCGGUUACAUAGACACUUCCGAGGACGGCGAAAUCUGUAAUGUGGAAAAUUCGGUGGAACAUUAUUCUUCUGCCACGGAUGAAUGGACCUACAUGACCCCCAUGUUGAAGGCACGUUCAAAUUUUGGCUUAGUGGAGCUGAAUGGGUGUUUGUACGCCAUCGGAGGGAGGGGACUGUAUCAAACACUCGUUUCCUGCGAGAAAUACAAUCCGCACACGGAUACGUGGACGCUCGUGGCUAACUUGAAUGUACCGCGGAAUGGACAUAUGGUAUUCGUGCUGCAUAACAAGAUUUACGUAUGCGGUGGACUGGAUGGUGUGGAAUACUUGACUUCAGUGGAGAGUUAUUGUCCGUUGACCAAUGCAUGGACAUUGCGUGCUGAUAUGACGCAAGAACGCUGGGAUGCUGUUGUCGGCAUCCUAGAAGCGCCACUCUAUCCGUCGGAAACAGAGCAGCGUGAUAAUUAAUUCUUGAAUCUCUGGUGUUUGUUUCAAGUCCAAAGUUUAUUGGUUUUAGAUUUGUUGGAAAGUGUAAUAAUAUAUCGUAAUCUUUCAGCGAAUGACAAAUAUCUAAUUUUUUUAUCUGGUACUAUUGUGCGUUCUCUUUGAAUUCAGGGUGUACAGUUUUUACUGUGGUUUUGUGAAAUGCCAACGCGUUACCGCUUUUUUAAUUUUAUAAUUUAAAACCGUCAAUAUUUGUCUGUGAUUGCAUGCUGAAAAAAAUGUUGUUUAUUUUAACGGACGCUGCAUGGUACGUGGAAAGAAAUAUUAAAACCUGUCAUGCACUGAUAG